AUGGCAAAGAUGAAAAAGGCAAAAUCUGGAAAUUCCAACGAACCUCCCCGAACCACUCAUAACAAUUCCUCUUCCAAACUCCAUCAUAAAAACGAUGCUCUUGAUGAUAUUGAACGUUGUUGUCAGAAUUUAUCAAAUUCAAAGUUAAUUGCUCUUCUCAGUUUUCAUAAACGAUAUUUACAAGAUGAAUUGGAAUGUAACGAGUUAGAUGAAAAAUUGAUCGAAUCACAGAAGAAAUCAAAGCAAUUUUCAUUGAAAGGCAAGCUGGAUGCAUUGAAAGAUAUUUAUGAAAUGUUUCCGCAUAUUCCUGUAUCUAGAAUUAACGUGAUUUAUGAUGAAGUAUGUGAUGGACGUGUGGAUGGCUUGAUUGAUGUCUUGCUUGGUCUGGAUCCGAAUGAAGUUCAAUUUACGGAUGAUCUUCCCGAGGAGAGUCAACAAGAGACUGUUAGUAGUAGUCAUAGGUUUGGUCUUCCACCACAACAAUCACAAAUAGAAUUGUUCAAGAAGAGAUGGGAUUUGUCACAAUACAUUUCAUUCGAUAUCGAUCCAAAUAUUACAGAACUUGAAAUUGAUUAUUUAACUGCUGUGAAGAUGAGAAAUUUGGCAUUCCAAGAAUAUGGCUUUGAAGAAGAAGAGGAAACUCAUAGUCAACAAGACGCCUCUGUGAACUUGGAUGAAAUGCCAGAACACGAGAGAGAAUUUUACUUGGAAAUGAAACAAAAAAAGGAGCAAUUGAAAAAAGAACGUCAAUUCAUUAUUGCCAAGAUGAAAGAAGCAAAACGAGCAAGAAAUGUAAAAAUUUAUUGUGCUGGUGAAGAAGAACAUUUAGCCAAAAACACAUCCGAAUUGAAGAGGUACAUGUUUACGAGAAGUAUUGAAUUCGAUCUUGAAGCAGAAUAUAUUCAUUUUAGAAUUGUUGAAUCACAAUUCCAUCGAUUGUUAGCGCGAUACAUGUACACUACUCAAAUGAUUCCGUAUCAACUCCAACAAGUGGAAUAUAUUGUGAAUCCAGAAAUUGUUAGGAAUUUUUACAAUUACAAAAAGGAACUUGCCAAAAAACACAACUUUUUAUACGAGUCAAUGAAUUGCUAUUUACUAUUUCAUGGAACUUCCGAAACGAAUAUGGAGAACAUUUUAAAGACAAACUUUUUAUUGAGCAAGGUGGGCUCUUCUACAGAUAUGGGAUUUUAUGGUAAAGGUUUUUACUUUAGUGAGUCACCUCUCAUGUCCAUAUCUUAUUCAAGAGGUAAUCCUUAUCUGUUAGUUUGUUUGGUGAUGGUGGGAAAAGCAUUCCAUAUGACAACUGUGCAAACUGGUAGACCAUUGGAAAGUGGUUAUGACAGUCACGUUUCACCAGAUGGCUGUUCUGAGGUCAUUAUUUUCAAUCCUCAUCAGGUCAUUCCAAUGUACAAGGUGAAAUGGCAAAAUAUUGGAGGUGCUAAUUAUGGACAUUAUUGA